AUGGCACCGCCCAAGGACCGAAUACGCAAAUUCCACCGUCGCAGCAAGAAUGGCUGUUCGACGUGUAAGCAGCGUCAUGUACGAUGCGACGAGCGGAAGCCUUUGUGGUAUGCGUCUGUCUCUUUCUCUCUGUCUCUAUGCCCUCCUCAACUGCCCCUUGUCACACUGGAGGUCCUGUCCGUCACGAACUGCCUGCAGACCGGUAAGGACUGCAUUUAUCAUGAAGUAGAACCUGACCAAGAGUCCCGAUCCGAGUCCCGCUUGAGGUCCGAGCCAGCCGUUGUUCCGGCCGAGGAAACCUUCCUCAUUACCAAUGUCGUGUCGAACCAGCCAUUUGCCGGCUUCUCGUGCGACUAUCAGAUGUCGGCAAUGUCGCAAUGGCUUUGGCACCAGUUCACUACCUUUUACGUCAGAGGCCAGACUCCAGUAGAAAGAGGCCAGAACCUAUGCAGCGUACAGAGGACACUUUUGCAUCCGGGCUUGCUCCACGGGUGUCUAGUCGUCGCGGCUUGUCAAUGGGCGUGGGUCACUGGAUCCCUCGAACACGUCAAGGUGCCAUUUCUCUAUCAUAAGGCAGCCGCCUACGAAUUCGCAAAGCACCAACUUUCCGAGUCUGAUGACACUGUCAGCGACACGGCUAUCUUCGCUAUAGCUAGCCUGGCACUCACUGAGGGGGCGGUUGGUGAUCUGGAUGCCUCGUCUAAGCAUUUGCGCGGUCUUCACAGAUUGACCCUCCGGAAGAACGGUUACAACUUGAUGAGAUCGAACCUGGCGCAACAGAUGCUACAGAUGGCUGGCGAUCGCCUGCGUCUAGGGGAAGUGAACGUGAUUCACGAUGCCAUCAGUGCCGAUUUUCAGCCCAGUAUCAUUGCCUUGCUGUUCACUUCACUUUGGGAUAUGGAAAGUCUCCCGCCGCGGCAAGCACCGAGAUACGGUUGGUGGGAAGGCGACGAGACACCCACAGACAGGCUCUGGCAGGACUACACCAAGCAUCUAAACUGGGAGCUUUCUCGUGGGUUCGAUCCAGAGCGCAACAUAGCCACAAUGCUCAAUGGUGAUCCAAAGAGCAGCAGGGCGAGCUACAUCGCCACCUUUUUCUACCUCUUCAUGGCGGUCAACGAUAGCGAAAUGGACUGCGUUCUGACCGUGUGGCUGCUAGAACAGCUCAUUGACGAUGUCUGUGACAAGGAGGAGGAAAUGAUUGCAGGAAGUUUCAGUCGCAGCUUAUGGUUCUGGAGCGUCCUAUUUGGAGCAGCCGUGGCUUACACAGGUAGACCGAUUACCACAACGGGCAUAGAACAACUUGCGAGGUGGAGGGCGAUUUAUGCUGCGAAACUGAGCUUGGCCAGCGACGUGUUGCAGCUCAACAGCUGGCAUGAUGCGAAGGCAGUACUGGCGGAAGUCGCCUGGACCGAAGGCUCAGAUGCCGAGGGAAGACUGCAAGAUAUCUGGGACGCAGCCGUCUUGCGUCGCCAGGGUUGUACGCAUCGUACCCACGGCGUGGGUGGCUGA